AUGGAAGCCGGGCAAGCGUCCUCGAGCGAUGUGGCGCCGUGGUGGUGGUCACACCGCAGCAUUGUUGAAGAGGCAGAGCCUCUCGACGCCACGGCCGACGAUGCCGCCGCCAGCUGCCUCUCCGCCAUCGCCAAGCAGACAGCGAAUCAUGUUCUCGCCUACAAGAAUGAUCUCCUGCCCCUGAUCGGGGAAGUGCACCCCGCAAGGAAGGGCAGUGCCGACAGCGCGUACCAGCACAACAGGAGCGUUAGCACCUGCGACCUCUACCAACAUAUGAAGUGGGAUGGCGUCCUCCUGCCCCUUCUCACGCAGCUGCGGAAGUGCAUGGCCCGGGCCUGGGAGGAGCGCGCCGCCGAGCAGGCAGAGCAGGCCGCCGAUGACACGACGCCGGCAUCGGCGGCGGGGGUGGCAAGAAGCGGUGCCAAGGUGACGCCAGCCGCCCACGUCGACGCCGCUCAGGCCCGCCACCUGCGUGCGCUCCAGCAGCAGAUCUACCUCGCUUUCUUCAAGGCAGUCCUGCAAGGAUUCACAGACGGCGCGCGCGGCGCCGCAGAGACGGAUGCAAGCACACGCAACGCCGUAGCCGAUGCGGAAGGAUGCAGUGCAGAUCUACAAGGCCGGGGGAGCUCCGGGACGGCAGAUGCCGCGCCAGUAGCACGCGCUCUGUCACUGCUGCUGGACAGUCUUCUCACUCAUGUUCUCAGCUUUGCGACCGCUGGCGCGGCGGCGGCAUCGCCACACGUGGAGGAAGAAGAGGCGACAAAGUCCCGCCGCGGACAGCAUCGCCGCGCCGUAGCCGCUACAGGCACUCACACCGGCGACUGGCUCACUGGUAUGUUGCCGCUGUACCUGCGCGCUGCUUAUCAACAGCAGCAGCGUGCUGAUGAUGGUGUUGCCGAGCAAGACGGGGUUGCCUUGGUGUCAACAUCAGCUUCGCCGAUUCCUUCACCUGCUCUCUGCCUUGUGAGCUACAUCGGUGCCUUCGUGCAAGGGGCAGGGCUGCAGCUUGUUCCGUCAGAGCAGGAGGAAUACCUGCCCUGUUUCACGCGCAAGGUGCACUCAGAGUUUAGUGAUCAGCUUCAAAGUCUCGUGCAGGCCGCGGUCGUGCAGUCCGAGCAUGCUGCUGCUGGCGUGGCCAGCUCGGAUGCGGCGGCGGCCGCGGCGGCAGCGCACAUUUGCUACGCUGCCAAUGUUGUGAAGGCCAUCAUCAACAUGCAGUUCUACGGCGACGACAACGCCACGGAGGUGGGAGAGGACGACUGUACGAUGACCUAUGCUGCCGUGCAGCUCCCGCCGGCGCUGCGGGCACAGCCGCAACACUCAGAAACGCCAACGAAGGUAGACUACAAUGUGGCCCCUCUGCUGGUCCUUACCUCCUACAAGGUAUGCGAGCGACUUCUUCGGCUGAUGAGUCGCUGGUGGGUCGCCUGCCAGCGCAUGGUACGGCACGCACGCAUGUCCGUGGCGGCGGCCGCGGCGGCACCGCGUAUGGAAGAAGAGGGCAAUGUCGAGGGAGAACAACAGCAGCAGGAGGGCGUCGACGGUCACACUAGCGGCAACGGCACAAGCCGCCUCGCAGAGGUCGAGGAGGCUUGGCUGGGGCUGCGCAAGCAGGCCAUGGCUUUCACGCUCGUUCUCAGCACCUACGACGAAACGACGCUGCUGAUAGUCCCGUACACGGCCUUCCUCACGUGCGUUUUUUUCACGCCUGCGCCGGACGGUGCCGCACCGUCUGCCGAGAAGCAGGCGCCGCUUUUGUUGGAGGCGUGGAAAGGCUGCGUCCGUGAGUUGCACCGCGUCACGCACGCUACUCAGGACGGUGGCUACGCUCUCUUCACGCACACGACCUGUGGGGCACGUCGGCAGUUGCGCGUGCAUCACCGCCACGCGCGGGACUGCACAUUUGCCGCGGCGUGUUUCUCUCGUGUGAUGGGCUGCCUCAGCUGCUCCUCAACGGGUGCGCAUGUGUCUGGGCAAGCCGCCGCAGUUGGAACGGAUCGCCAAGCCCACAGCACGGAGUCCCACAGUCUUCUUCCACUUGCCUUCGCCGCGCUUCAGCAGCCGCUGUCAGUGAUGCAGGACCGCGUGUUUCAGGUACUUCUCAGAGUGAACAGUGUGACGCUGGGUGUCCGUGUGGAUGCGGUGGUGCGUGAAAAAGGCGGCGCAGGGGAUCCUGGCGCCACGCCAGACGCCUCCACCGCCAACCUCUCCACGCAGCCGCCCAGUAGCGCCACGCGCGUCAAAGCCCUGACGGAAGAGCCGCUGUCUGCGGUGCAGCUCGUGGAGCUGUACUUUCCUCGCCAUUACCGAGUCUUUUCAUCCCUGGAUCAGGCCAUGCAGAACGUGCUGGACCGCUUUCAGGAACUCGCCGGCGACAACACGGCCGGAGAAGAGACGGCGGACGGUGAUGUCGCGCUCAUGUGGGCGUCGCCUAGCUCCCUCCCCGCAACGCUCGCGAGCUUCUUCGGUGCAGCGCUGGAUGAGGCCUGCGUCACACGCAUGCGCAACACCGGUGACGAGGUGGCCACAAGCGAGCUCUUCAUGUUCUUUGCAGCCGUCUUCCGCACGCUGCCAUCCACGGUGCUACCUCGCUUGCGCGCUGCGCUGGAGACGUUUCUCGGCGAGGGUGGGCGUACUCUCAUCGAGUACCUGCGUCAUCACAUCAUCGAUCAGCAGCGCCACGGCCUCGCCGCCUUCUUUGUGCCGCCGCUGCGCGCCAUGGCUCUCGACUACGCCACCGCAGAGGACGCGGACGUGAGUCUUGCGCUGACGGCCAAGUACCCCUCUGGCUGUGCAAUGGCCUAUGCGUGGGAGCUGCCGCGGCUGUACUUCUGGCGAGCCGAAGACACCCCAGUGGCGGAGUCGGCAUGGCACGCGCACAAGGCCGCGCAGCGGUAUUUGUGCGAACUGGUCACAGCAGCGCCUGCCGCCGUCUCCACGUCUUCUGCCCCAUUUCUGGCCAUUCUGCAGGAGGCGGCAGCGGUGGCGAACGGGCGGUUUGCGGAGCCUCACGAAAGCGCCAAGACGGCGUCGGGGCUGUUCUGGACGCGCAGCCUGGCGAUUGAUGUGAUGACGUCUGUGUUCUUCGGUAUGUGUCGCUGGUGUGCGCUGCAGAUGAACGUGUCAUCAUUGUCCCUGUCUGCGGAGGCGGCGGCGACGGUGAUCCAGCAUCUGUAUUCUCCGCGCCCGAUGUCGGCGACGCUGUUGUCGCCCCACGUUGUAGCGCACCCUUUUCUUCUCUCUCUACGAGAUCGUGUCAAGGUGCAGCCGGGCAGCAAUGUAGUGGACCCUGCUGAGUCAGAAGGCGCCGUCGCCAGCACAGAGAGCGCCGAAGCUGUCAGCUCGCCUGGUGUUGCGUAUCCGCCACCCGCGCAGCAGCAGCAGCAGCGCAGCAGAAGCAGCAGCAGCCACCGCUGGCUGUCUUGGUUCUGGGCCUGCACGUACGAGGAGGUGGACUCCGCUGCACGUGUGCAGACGGCAGCGAAGCGACUCCUGCGGGAGUUCUCCGUUCAGUGCGGGUCGCACGCGCCAACAAAGACGCUCCUCGGAAUCCGCGCGAUGGUGGAGCAACUGAAAACGGAGAGUGCUCCAGACACAACCGUGACUGUGCACGAGUUACGAGAGGCCGUCCGCGGUGACCUGCGCGCGUUGCUGCUGCUGCAACAGCAGCGAGAAACGUCAGAAAAUGAGAAGGCCACGACCGUCGCAUCUACCGAGGACACGAAGGAGGCGACGAUUACGGCGACCACGACCACCAGCUCCGCCGACGCUGCAGGAGCCGUCCUUAAGCCGGCCACGCUGCGCGACUACCUGGAUCAGGUACACGAGGCCCUCGUUCAGCGUGCGCGCAUCUCGCCGGUGGACGGCGCUUUCAGCGCCGCCACGCUCGGCCAUCUCCUGCAUGCACUGAGCGACGUGCAUCUGCCCAUCACGAUGAGUGUGCAAGAGCGGCAGCGCAUGUGCCAGCGCUUCUUCUUCACGCUCGCGAACUCUCUAGCUGAGUGCACCCGCACCGAGGCGCUGUCCUCCGUGUGUUGCCUGCGGUGUGUCCUGCAAGAUAUUGUGCUGCCGUACAAGAAGAGCUUCUUGACUGAGGCCAGUGCAGCGGGCCUAUAUCAUCGCUGUUUCUCCGACACGGAGGCAGACGCGUUCCGCAUGGUGCAGCACAUGUGCGGCGACGUUAUCAUGGCCGUGCAGAAGAUUGCGCUGCGAAACGGUAUUCUUGACGAGUGGAAGAUCGUGCUGGUUUUGCAGCACCUCGGUGAUCCAUUGUCGCUCGUGCGCAGCACGGUGGAGAAGCUGCGCAGCACCGUAGAGAAGCUCAAGGCCCGGCGCAGGAGUGCCGUCAUGGACGUCAUUGCGCAGCAGCUAGCAGUCGUGGAGAAAAGUGCGGCGCGCACCGACUGCGGCGUCGCCGAUGACGUUCACUGCCUCUUUACCCUUCACCCGAGGCCAUCGUCCUCCUCUUCGCCCGCGGCGAGAGCGGCGGAAGCCCUCACGACCGCCUCGUCCGCCGCCGCCGCGCCAGUGGAGCGUAGCAGCAGCGGCCGCAGAAAGCGCGGAGACCGUCGAGAGAACGAGCGCCGCAGCGAAAAGGACCGCAAGAGGAGCCGUGACGACCGUGGUGGUGGCGAUGGUGGCGAGAAACCCUGGCAAAACCCUCGAAAGGACAGCAAACGGUAUCGUGCCGACUUCAAGCGCACACGUCGCUGA